UGACGUCACAGGCGCCGUCCUGCAAAUUUUCUGCCAAACGAAGCCGAGCCGAGUCCGCCCGAAGAAACCUUUCUCGGAAAAUCGGAGACGUUUCACGGUUAGUAGGAUCGAAAAGUGAUUUCUGCCCAAACAUCGAGUCUUUCUUCAGGACUCUGCUCGUGAGCAAAGAUGCCCAAGUCUGCUGUGAAGACAAAUGAAGGCCUGAUGAUGAUGCAGGAGCUUGAUGACCGAUUGAAGGAGCAGAUCGACAAACUGGAGCACCUUCGUCUCACUGCCAUUGAACUGAAGGACAACAUGUCAGGGACCACCAGUGACCUAUCACAAGCCGUCAGUGAUCACCUAGACUGGCUGAAUCACCUGUCAGAGCGAGCGGAGACUCUUCAUGUGAACACGACUGUAUUUGUUCAGAUGAAUCCUAAACCUCGCACUUGGUCAGCAAGACCGGGUUCUAGACGCGGCUCCCACUGGGGACGGCCCCACCACAGAGACGAUGCCCUGUCUGAGUUUGGUUGGUCCCCCAUUUACACUCGACGUAACAGCGAUGCUGCCUCAGAAGUGUCCUGUAACUGGUGAAGACGCUACCUCAGUCCCAGUCAUCAAAUAUUCAAAAUAAUGCAGACCAAAAAAAAAAAAAAAAAGCUUGGCACUGGAACCCUGUCAUCAUUAGUGUCUCAUUUUUACUGUUUUCAGAAAUUAAACAGUUUUUACAGUAAUGAUCACUUGUUUUUUCUUUAAAAAGCAGGGUAAAAGUAGUUUUUUUACUUGCAACAAUGCCAUUGUUAAAAGUUUAUUUCUUUUUAAAUAUAGCGUCAUAUUUUAGAAUCAUUGAUUACUUUUUUUUUUAUAAGAACUUCAAAAGAUCACAUACAUAUCCACAUGAAUACAGUAGAAAGAAAUAAAGAUGAAAAAAAAUAAAUAAAUAAAAUGAAAUUAGAAUUUUAGCCUUUUAUGACAUAACAUAAUACUAGGGAUUGUAAUAUAGCAUGCUAUCCUGAAUGAAAGUGGACAGUUUUCUUGCAUUUUUUUUUAAUAAACUUCAGUGAUUUAAAAUAUAAACAUAUCUCUUUAUGAAAUGUAUAAAAUUACGCUUUGAUUUUUAAGAAUCUGCUCUUGUGAAUGAAAAAUGUCCCAGAUGUUAAUAAGGUAUUAAAUGCCAAACCAAAUAAUUUAUCACCAGAAACCACUCCAGAUAAUACUGUGUUUUUGUAAUUCAAUAAGAAUAGGAAAAGGAAACUUUGAACAGCACCAACAACAAAAAAAACUCCCAAAAACUAUUAACAUAUAUACAUUUAAACAAAUGGUUAAGUGUUUCUAUAUUGAUAUCACAAAAAGAAAAAUAUUUUAUUGAAAACCAAAGUGUAGACGUAGAAGUUGCUUGCAUGGAUAAACAGCAUUUGCGAUUUUAAUAUAGAUUUUUUUUUUUUGUAUUUUGGAAGAAUUCGAUAUUAAACAAACUGAGAUCUUAACUUGCACGCUUCCUCUUUUGUGUAAUGCUGUAAGUAAGAAUAAUUAUUGUAAGAAUCGUGGAUUUGUGAGGUAACCUGCCUAGCUAAUUAUGUAGGUUUUGUCUUUAAAAACUAAAUCUAUACAUCUAUAGAUAUGUAUUACCUGGAUAACUCUUAAAAAAUGAGAAUAAACCGUUGACUGGAUACUGUUAAUAAAAUGAACGCUGCAACUUUUACAAAUGUAUCACACGUUUUGUAAUACCCUGUUUCCGGUCGGAUGUCAUCCAGUUGCAGCGCGCUGAACAAAUAUAAACUUCCGGGUCAAACUUCUACUUCCGUUUUUAUGUUUUGUUCAGAUUAGUGUUUGCCGUGGUUUGCGUUAUCCUUCAAGUAAUUCACGGACAAAGAAAUCGGACCUGUUUGUUGAUUUAUUAACUUUAGCCAUCCGGUUUGUGGAGAUUUUUCCUGUUCGACUUUUUAAAAAGUUGUUUAAUUUUUCCUCAACAGCAAGCUAAUGUAAUGCAUUGCUAGCAACUAAUCAGAACUUCUAUGUCGGUUCUUGUUCUUGUUAUUAGAUUCAGUUGCUGAAUGUGUGAGACUGAGCAUUGUGGAUAAUUUGUUUGUUUUUAUUUUCUUGUGCUAAUCAUUGAUGCCAAAAUGGCCUAUAGUAAUUCUGAACAACUUAAAUUGGACGCAAAUUUCCCUCACCAUACUCUGUGCAUAAGAAACCUUCCAAACUUUAUCAUCCCUAAUACAAAUAAGUUUAACUGCUGCUUGAACUUGAUUUUUAAAGUUGAAGUUUUUUCUUCUUCUUCAAAUUUUCACAUUUUAUUCGUUUAAAUAUCUGAUUAACUAUCUACCUGCCAUCAUGCUAUAUUUAUUUAAAGAAAAAAAACAUAUUACAGCUUUUGUAUUUUUCCUCUUCCUAGUUUUUUUUCUUCUAUAAAUAUGUUCAUUUUCAGGUUUUGCCCUCUGGUUUUGUUUCCUUUUAUAGAGCAGUUUUUCCCCGUCCUCCCCUUCCAGCCCUGACAUGGGAAUAUCAAAGAUGGUAAGCUGCAUGACCUUCACCUUAUUGCUAUAGGAACACUGUUCCCUGGCAAAAGAGACAACAAAAUUAAUGAACAUCCUCCUGAUUUUGGGAAAAUAUCAUAUUCAUUAAAAAAAAAAAGUGAAAAAAAGAUUGGCCGAAUUUCCUGUGUUUUAAAAAAUGAAGUCAGACUGUAUUUAUCUUCAUUGAAAUGUAUUAGCGCUUUGAGAUUUUACCCAAAAUGUAAAGCACAUUCUAAAUAAAAUGUAUUAUUAUUAUUAUUAAUUCCUUUUAUUGAUGAUAUUUGUAAAUCAGCUACAGAAUGGUUACUAAUCUAGGGUCCAGAUUGUUGAUUGCCUUGAAAUUUAAUUUAUGCUGAAAUAUUUAUAGAUUUUCAUAUAUGCAUACGUUUUUGUGUUUCUUUUUCUUUUUUUUGUGAAGAGUUGUGCCCUGCAUCAUUGUGUGGUUGUGUCUGCGAGAGUUUUGUAAUGAUUAUAUUUCAAUUAAAAAAAAAAGGAACACUGUUCCUUGGGAAACUAACCUAUUUGUCUUUCAGCCAUUCUUCCCAGUGACCUAACAAAAUUCCCAGCUGGAAUUUAUUAAUUUGAAAAACCGACAUUGGACCAAAGAACUUCAAUGUUAAGUUGUCCUUUCAUUUUCAGAAAAGAUAUGCCUUUUCCAUCACUGUCUACAUGUUCAUUAAGAUAAAUAAAUAAAAAUUGUUUACCCU